AUGUGUACAGUUGCAUCGUUCGUCAUCUCAGCAUUCUUUAAGCAUAUAUUAGGAGCAUCGAUGAACAUGUGUGAUGAUGAACAUAACAGUACACAUAUAAAAAUGAUAUUACCCCUCACUUUUAAAACAGUGGACGGUUCCUGGGGAAAUUGGUUGGACUGGGGCGCCUGCUCAGUAACAUGCGGAGGUGGGACAAGGUCAAGAUCAAGGUUAUGUAAUAAUCCAUCACCUAGCAACGGAGGAGAACACUGUCAAGGGUCAAAUGUCAACAAUCAAAAUUGUAACAGCAAUGAGUGCAAGACAUUUGUCAAUGGAUUCUUAUUGAGUGACGAUUCCAGGACUUGGGCAUCUGCAAAGGCAGCCUGUGAAGCUAUAUCCGCCAGGCUGGUUAUAUUCGAUAGUCAACAAGAGAUAGACGGCAUUAUGACAGCAUUCAAUAUACAAAGUUUUGAUCACUGGAUUGGAAUAUCAUGUACCGCGGGCACUAAUUGUAUGCGGGUUGACGGUCUGGCUGCUAGCUCUGGAUUCCAGGCAUGGGCCCCAAAUGAGCCUAACUGGGCUGACUGUGUGUAUAUUGGUAUGUCGAAGAAAUUGUGGGACGACACUUACUGUGGCGAAUCGAGACCCUAUAUUUGUGAACAGAUUUGA